GACUAUAACCACGGACAAUUUUUUAGGGGGAUGGCGUUCCCGGUGGACAUGUUGGAUAAUUACACUCAUGAAGAUUUGGAGAAUUCUGCAGAAGACUAUAUGUCUGAUCUUCGAUGUGGGGAUCCAGAGAAUCCAGAAUUCUUGUCUCUUGCCAGCAACAUCCAAAUUCCUAUUAGCUUGUCAACCGUAGGCUUCGUUCCUCUUUAUGGUGGAGAUCAGACUCACAAAGUUCUUGCUUUAUUUGCACCUGAGGACUCGCUCACAGCUAUAGCCCUGUAUCUUGCUGACCAAUGGUGGGCCAUCAAUGAUAUUGUGAGAACAUCUAUCCCUUCUAGAGAAGGGCUUCAGCAGGUGAAGACUCUUGGAGAAAGAGUGGUUCUGUAUGUUUUGAAUCGAAUUAUUUAUCGCAAACAAGAAAUAGAGCGAAAUGAGAUCCCCUUCCUCUGUCACAGUAGCAGUGACUAUGCUAAGAUUCUGUGGAAAAAAGGAGAGGCCAUUGGGUUCUAUUCUGUUAAACCAGCAGGAAGCCUAUGUAGCUCCUACCUUACCCAGAGCUAUCAACUUCCAGUGCUGGACACAAUGUUUGUGAGGAAGAAACAUCGUGGGAAAGAUUUUGGGUUAAUGAUGUUGGAGGAUUUUGUGGAUUCCUUUACUGAAGACACACUUGGUCUUCGCUACCCACUGUCAUCUUUCAUGUAUGCAGCUUGUAAGCAGUAUUUUGAAAAGUACCCAGGGGAUCAUGAUCUUCUAUGGGAGGUUGAAGGAGCAGGAUACUGGUUCCAGAGAACGCCUAUUACAAGUGUAUUGCAGAGAGAAACACUUGAAACUGAAGGAGCCUCUCAAAAAGAAAACAACAGUUCCCAAACUGAAGAGUGUUUUCUGCAGUCUGCCAUGGAAUCUGUAACAGGAAGCGAACAGAGCACCAAGAUGGAAACGCAGCUAAGGGUUGAUUCCCAAAAAGGCAAAGAAAUCUUAGAUGCCCAUGCAAGCACUUCUGAAGAGCUUGGUAUUACUCCUGUUUCCACUCGAACACGAAGCAGUAAUUUAAAACGUCCCAGGAUAGGAAACAGGAGCCAGGAAUCUGAAACUGAAACUCCUUCUGGAGAGGAUGAAAACCUUUGGAUAUCAGGAAGCAGAUUGGAACCUGUAGCACAUACAUCUGAAAGCUCAGAAGAGUUAGGAGAAGAAAAUGAAGAAAUUGUAGAUGAAAAUGAAGAAGAAACAGUUGCUGACAAUGAGGACCAAUCAAUAUUGGAAACACAAGAGUUAUGUACAUCACCAUCUGACAAACAAAAUGAGAAAGAGGAAACUGAAUCAGAGCCACUCAAUGGUGAACUAAUGGAAGAAACUAUCAAAACAUCACUCAUGAGUGAAGAGGAAACAGCUAGUGAAAUACUAGAUGGUGAAUCCAAAUUACAGUCUGAUAAUCCAGAAGAAGAAUCUUUAACUCUGUUUGUUCCAUUAAUCCUUGACUCUUCAGUGAAAUCUUCUGAAGAUACAGCAUCAGAUAAGGUUGUGAACACAACUGAUUCAGAAAUACUGACGGAAGAAAGUAUGGAAAAAGAGGGUACUGAAGAGGAGCAGCAAGCAGCCGAAAGGAAGAAAUCAUCUGAUGAAAGUGCAGAUACUAUAAGUUCAGUGCCAAAGGAAGAACCAUCUGAUAAUGGCCUUUCAGACUCUGUGGUAACUGAAGCACUAGAAGAAUCUGCUUCUGAAAAUGUAUCACCCAAUGCAUCAUCUUCCAUGGAAGAGCAAAGUGAGGAAGCAGGGCAUGACUCACAAGAAACCCCUGUUGUCCUUGGUCAGAGUUCUUUGAUAGUGGUUGAACUUGAGGAUGUGUCAUUCCAGCAACAUUCAGAAGGUCAAAAGAACCAAUCAGAAGAGCUGUCUGAAGAGUCUUCUGAGCAGAUGGAUCAGUACUCACACACAGCAGCGGAGAGAGUUGCUGACAGCAGCUCAGAAGAAGCAGAAAUUGAGGUACCAAUAGUAGAUCGGAGGAACUUACGAAGAAAGGCCAAAGGAUACAAAGGACCACCCAAGAAGAAAGGGAAGCCUGCUUAACAAUGAAGUCAAUUGCUAAUACAGCUAUUUGUAAGUUAUUAUUUUGUUUAAUUUAGGGUAUUAUUAAACUGCAUGAGACACAGGAUACACAUGUAUUCAGAAGUUUGGGUUGGACUUCCCUUUGGGAUUCACCACCCUUCCUUAACUUUUCUUGAAUUUUUAACCAAUAUAUAAUGAGCUUCAUCAGGGUAUGGAAGUAAAUGGAGAGUCUUUUCCUUUUAUAAAGGAUAAAUGCUGAAUAAAUGAACAGUUGUGCUAGUAAAGCAACAGAAUUUACUUUUAAGAUUAGAAUUGUUAGAAGAAAACACUGUCUGUGAAAUCCUAAACUUGUUGACUUCAGUGAGGCGAGGAUUUCACACCAGAUGUUCAUGAAAUUGUAUUCUUUGCUUGAGACAAACCCACACAGACUACCAGAAAAUAGAGAGAGAGAAUGUAUGGCAUAAAUAAUGAUAGCAAGAUGAAGGGUGCAUACAUGAGAACUUACUCUUACAACUUAAUGGGUCAAAAUAAUUUGCACAGUGCUAGCUGUUUUUUCUCUAGUAUUAUGUUUUAGGUGAACUGAUUUUUCCACCACUUCUUCCAAAUUCCGUUUACUGUUCAUUUGAAGGAAUAUCAGCUGGCUCCCUGAUCUGAAGCACUGUCAAAACAAUGUCUAGCAGUGUUCUGUACAAUAAUGAAGCUUUUUAGUGGAGCAUUAAUGAAGCUUAUAUAUGGUAAGUUAUACGUUUAUAGUUUCAAAAUUCAGCAUUAAGCAUACAUUUUACAACAAAUACUUUUACUUGUGCAUUGAGUUGCUAGCACAUUUACAGAACUGUUUGGGUUACCACCCUAACUAUGUACCUGUGCUAAUAUGUUUCUUGAUCAUCUUUGUGUCACAUUGUGGAAAAUAACCUUUCUACUAGAAAUGGGCUAAGUAUGAAGUGCUACCUGCUAUCUUCCAAAUACUUGGCUGGUGCAUUCAGCAGCUGUUGGACAUGAUGUAUAUCAGGGGCAUGACUCCUGUAGAUCCCAAAAAUUCCAGGUAUACCAUCACAUUUAAUUAGUGUAAACUAAAUCAGGUUGCAACAAACAUCCUGUAUUCCAAAUUAUUGUCUUUGUGUAAAUACCAGGAAAUUGUUGCAGUUAGAUGAAAAAGUGAAGUAGCCCUGACUCUGAUGUAAUUCCUGGGAUAACAACUUUCCAUUUGGGUGGUACUUGGAUAGUAACAUCCAAGCUUGCAGCAUUAAGACUGACAGUAGGCAGAAGAGAAAAAAACAGACCAUUCCCACAUGUUUCUAAAAAAUCCUCUUUAUCUUCAGAGAUACUUCUAACACAUUUGAUUCAAACUGCAACGUCAUACAACAGUUAUGAAUUUUUAAAUCACCAUUUACUUCUAUCCAAUAAUGAAGCUCCUGCAAUAAUGGGUAAAAACUCAGGAAUAAGAAAGAACAGUGGUGCAUGCACAGAAAGGAAGAAAUGUGACUAUUUGUAUUCUUACAUAUUUUAUAAAAUAGAUGAGCAAAAGUUGGCUCCUAAAUGUCUCAAAAUUGGAGGUACCUACUUAUUUCUCUUUAGAGUUUAUAAAUAAAAGGUUCACUUGAAUAACAUCAAUGAUCUUUUAAUUUUUAUCCUCUAUGAAAAAAGUAUAAAUAUGUGUUUUGAUUUUAUGGAUGUACAGUUUAACUUUUUAGCUAUUUUCUUAUCUAUCUUAGUUAGCUGGUGAAACACACUUGUUCUUUUAAACUACUUUCACUCAUUUUAAAAUGAGGGUGCAAGUUUUUUAGAGGCUUGUACUGCAUAUGCUCUGGAAUUGGGAUGCAUAGAAUCAUUGAGUUAUAUCUGUAUUUCUUAGAGUGUUAAAAUUUUUCCUGUCAAUGUACAUUUGUUAUAUAUGAAUAUCAUGGCUGAGAAGUAUAAGCAGAACUUUUCUUGUUUAUAAAUAUUCAAGUGAACCUUCAGCUUUUCUAAAACCAAUUAAACAUUUUCUAAGCACACAAGAAAAACCUUCUGUUAUGUAUGCUGUGGCUUCUCCUUUAGUGUUAAGAUCUGUUGUAAAAAUAGACAGUUUGAAAACACUGCUUUUUUUGUUACAAGAGUUGAACUUGUUAGGGGCAGAGGAUUGACUUAAAAAGAUGUGGAUUUUGUGUGUGUCUAUAGUACGUUUUAAAAAGUGGAGGUAUGAAUGUUAUU